CGAAAAGCCGGCGAAGCAACGUUGUCUGAGGGGGCUAAAGUGUUUACUGUUUUGCCCAAGGCCUGUUCGCGCAUGCGGGUCCAUCAUUCCUGCAGAUUUUACUUUAUUUCAACUCGUGUCUUGGUUUCGGCUAACACUACAACAGCGACUGUUGUCGCUUAUAUGAGCUUAACUAAGCUCUGAGCCAUUACAGCUGGUGGCUACUACACAAGGCCUCGUACCUAUCAGUCUGUUGUACUCAGUGGCCGCGUUGUCAGUGCUGGUGAUACAGAACCCGGGGACGUGGCCAACGCAGCUCGUAAUCUGGGAAUCCUCGUGUGAAGCCAGCGACGGUCGUUAGAUUAUGGUGAAACGCGUGUGUGCGAUGUUCAUUGUACAUCUAAUUCAUUACUGAGUUUUGAACAUAUUUGAUGCUGUUAUCGGAGUGGUGAAGUGUACAAAUCGGUGUUUAUGUCAUUUUGAAGCCCUGUCGCGCGUCCGUCUGCAAAAGGUGAUAACUUCAUGUAUGUCGCGACCAAAAAUUAAUCGUUGAUCGAUCGGAAAGUCUUUAAACGUUCAGUGUUACCUAUCCACCACAACAUCCUAGAAUAGCAUGCAAUCAUCGAUCCAUUUGCUUAUAGCCUAGAUUGUCUUCGUAUUCGGUGGAUUCAAAAUAUCUUCAUCAUCACAAUCUGUACAACGUUACUCGUAAAAGAGCUCAUUAGCCCUCUGCCCUUCAAAGUGAAUUAUUCUGCGUUGUUACAAUUGAUAUCAGAUCUUCAGAACGAAUACGAUCUUCAAUCGAACGGAUUACGAUCUACUCAAUAGUUCUUUGGAAAGGCGUCGCUUAGAUAGGCCGAGUCACAAGCCAACGCUGCAUGACAUCCCGUACGGUCUAAGUAUACGCACCCAUCGAAGCCAGUUGGCCACUACCACGGACUCCGGUCCGGCAAGAAGCAGACACGAUGAGGCAUUUUCCGCCAACCUCGCUUCCUCUACGGGCCUUUAUUCUUUGUUCUACCCUUCUAGUAUUAACUGGCGUAGAAGCCCAGACAACUCCAGAUCAGCCCGAAGGUAGGCCUAAAUAUCAGCGCGCACUAACCGAUCUAGUCCCGGCAAAUCUCAUCACCGUCUUGGACAAAUAUCACCGUCCGAUCACCAAUAAUUAUGUGCCCGAGCCUACCAAGCAGAAAUUAACGAAGGCUGAGAUUUUAGCUCGCUUUACUACUCAGCGAACUACAUCAAGCACGACUACGACAACAAGUACGACAACAACGACGACAACCACCCGCAAGCCAUCAACAUUUAUCACUUCAUUCCCUGGCGGGACCUCACAGUCUGUCGAGAGCGGCACCGACCCUCCGUUCCGAAUCCUGUUCAUCCAGAGCACAACACCAUCGCCACUGCCUGGCAGCGGCCAGACGGAAUUGACCACACCUGCGUUCUUCAGCCAUAUUGUUACGCAAACGACAAAAACCGUAACGGUCAUUGAGGAUGGCCAGGAGCAGACGGAAACUGUCGGUUCGUCAUCGUCAAUUGGUACAAGCGAAUCCAGCGCCGCAGCCCAAUCGGCCAGCACAAAUCCGGUCAGCUUUAACCCGGUUUUCAUCUACAGAAAUCAUCGUUUUACCAGCGAUGCGCCCAAUCCGGUUGUGAACGUUGUAAGCACAGUAGUAACGAGCGACAGCGAAGUGGCAAAGAAACAGACGGCUCCAGUUAUACACUCGCAGGCUGAAAACGCUACGAUGCAGGUGCCUUUAGCUAGAAGUACGGUUCGCCCGAGAAGGAAGGUGAUCAAGAUCAGGAAUCGUAAAGUGAAGAACGAGGGAUAUCAAGUAAAAGACGAUAAGGUAACAAUAUCCACUGUUCCCAAAGAGGAAGAGACCACCGAAGCUCCCAGAUCGGCCGAUAAUGACGAAGAGAUCAAGGAACUUACAACAGUCAAGGAGAUAAAGCCCCAGCCACUCGAAACAGAGAGGCCUAUAGGACUCAAUCGACGGCUAAACCCUCCGCCACGAGCAAAGCCGACUGCGCGACCUACUGCAACGACGAGAACAUCGACCACCACGCCUCGGACGGAGGCUGAAAUCUCGCCCGCAAAAACUCGCCGCCCUGGUACCGUGAGGCGUCCCGCCGUUGACGUAAAGAAUGCCAACAAAAUUUCGACGAAAGAAUCGGAGAAAUUGACAAUUACUACUCAAGCAUCAACAACAGCUCCGAAGUUAACUCUUCGUCCACUGUUCCGCACCCGAGUUGUUGUGACGCCAACGAAAGCGCCUUCUACGGUCAGCCCUGCUCAGGUGUCCCCUUCGGGUACGCCCACCGUGCCAUUCUUCGAGGCCACAAAAGCUCCAACAAUUCGUCGACUGUCUCAUAGCACAACAACUCGUUCAUCCAUUACCGCAUCCAAAGCGGCAUCGACCGCUACAGGGACAAUCCUUCCCUCUGACACACCUACAACCCUACCGCAGCCCUUGACAUCAAGGGAAGAAGCGUUUGCCAAAGGCAUUUCUCCACGCCUCUCUUCACGCAGAGUCGUUACGCGAGUUGGAACAGCUCGAUUAGCUAGCACGUUCACGUCCACUACUCCAAUUCCAGAAACACCCACUAUAGCGCCUCUUUUGAUAACUAGCAGUCCUUUGAAACCAAUUGGCAGCGCCACUACAACCGAAGCGAAAUCCAAAGCCCGGAGGGUCGUCAAACGCAAGAGGAAACCAACACCUCCUCCAGCGGCCCCAACUUUACCCCGUCCAACAGUGACUCCCGUAUCGAUCGUCUACUUCCAGACGACAACAGCGACUACGUCUGCACCGGUCUCAGUUACUUCUGACGCAAAUCGCCGUACGAUUAAACGCCGCCGUAAGAAACCACUAAGCCCUGCAGGUGUCGUGUCCACGCAACCGUUGCCGGUUCCCCUAACGCCAACUGAGCCGUCGACGUUCAGCGCUCCCGUAGCUGUUACCGGUUUUAGGCCAAUUACAACCUCAUCUGAUGGCAUCGGCUUUUUUGGGUCAUCAUCGCCAAACGCUCAUCAUCUCGAAGACCUUCCAAAAAGCGACGAGAUUUCCCAGGUUAUUAACCUCCCAGGAGGACGUUUUUCCUCCUAUCAGACUCGGUACACGUCUCAGAUACGCCAGCACGUUGCAGACUCUCCGACGUUUGUCCCCGAGAGGAAUUUUGCACCUUUUUCAUCCAUAAGCUCGUUUUCGUCUCAACUACCGCCCCAUCAACGUGGCAUUCGUUCAGGGCCAUCGUUCGGUUCCGCGAGCGUAGAUUAUUACAGCGGUGCGCCCGCAAUUGGAGACCAUGCAAGCUAUCAGGACCUCCAAAGCUUGCUGGUGGCCGAAAAUAAUCGUUUCCUCAACCAGCAACGAAACUCAGCCCGCUAUCAAGAUUUUCGAGUUCCGCUCAAUUACUAAAUCCCAUUAGUAGCCGUAU